AUGAAUAAUAUAGAUACUUCAGUGAUUCAGUUGCUUCAAGGCAUUCAAGACGGGCUUAUUUCUCUAAAGAAUAGUCAAGAAGCAUUGGAGAAAAAACAAGAUGCAAUGCAACUCGAAAUAACAAGUCUUCACAAUGAAUUGAAUGAUCGAGAACUCCCAGAUAAUACUAUUGUAGCUUCUGUCAAUAUAUCUACUGACUCUAUCCCAAGACUAGUACCAAACAUCUGUAAUAUAAAUUCCAAUCAUGUAUUACAGAUGAUUAAGCAAGACCUAGAAAUAAGUCCAACCGCAGAAGUCAAAGGGGCUAUCAACACUUGCACCAAGCAUAUUUGUGAUCAGCUUGCUGCUCUUUUGUCUGUUCAGAUUCUUGGGCCCAAUCCAAGCUGGACAUCUAUCCCUCAAGAGGACUGGACCAGAAUGUGUGUCAGUCAUUCACACGCGCUCAAGAAUUAUGGAAUUGAUUUCACCAGAUGUCAUAAAAAUUGGGCAUCAAUCACAAAGGUUAGUCAGUUAUGGAGAAGUCGUAGAAAGCAAUACCUCUCUGCCAAUACAAUUAAUGAAUAA